AUCUGGAGCACCAGUUAAUGUGGAACACCGGCAGCCGUAGCGUCAGACAGGCUGAAGCUAAAGCUAGAAGUGAACAGCGAUAGUUCAGGUGUUUGGAAGAAACAGAAACAGCAGAAUAUCUGAGUCUAGUUCAGGAACUAUGAGAGGAAAAGUACGCAAGGCGGUGACUUCAGGGAGGCUGACAGGAGCAUCCAGAGGGAGUCCAACUUCAGCAUCCUGUCCUGAGCCGACCUUCUCCCUCUACUCCACCGACUCUGAGGACCAGGUCACCACCCUCCAUCAGGGUCUGGACCGCUGUGCUGCCUUGCUGGGUGACAUCCUUCAGGCUGAAAAGGCAGCCUCACCAAGCCUUCAGAGAACAGUGAAGGUUGGAGCAGCCAGAUCCAGACAGUCCACGUCAUUAGGAGGGAAGAGCAUCGAGAAACUACCUACGAAGACAGUCCAGAAGAGUUCCCAUUCCAGCCAGCGUGGACCAGGAACCACUCCAAGAACCCAUCGGUCCACUCCUCCAGCUGCACACUCAGGAGUGAAGCUGCAUCCACCCAAGAAACAUCCUCACAAGCUGCUGCAGUCCUUCACACCUCCUUCACACCGCCAGACUCUCCAGCACCGCUCCCACAGCGUCCUUCCACCCAGGACCUCCAUCCCUCCACCCAGAACCUCCAGCCCUCCACCCAGGACCUCCAGCCCUCCACCCAGGACCUCCAGCCCUCCACCCAGAACCUCCAGCCCUCCACCCAGGACCUCCAUCCUUCUGGCUGUCCACCAGUCGUCCUCCCCUCCAGAACUGCUGCCUUCUCACCAGGCUGGAGCUCCACAGACCGAGGCUGGUGGAGGAGAGGAGUUUGUUCCUGUCAGGGAUGUAAACAUGAAGAACCCAGCUGUCAGACACCCAAACAUCUGCACCGUGGAGACGUCACAUCUGCAGCUGGAGACUCAGCAGGAUGAAGAGAAGAAAGAGAAGAUGGUUCAGUAUCUGCUGAGAGAACUCAGAGCUCUGAUCUCUGGACGAGGCGGUGCAGCAGAGACGCUGCUCAGUCAGCUGGACCAGACGUUGUCCUCACCACAGGUUGGAGGUUUGAACAUCCAGCAGACCCACAGAGAUCCAGACCUGAAGUCCCUGCUGAUCCAGAACGGUCAGCUCUGCAGACGAGUUCAGAUCCUGAACCAGCAGCUAAAGGAAAGAGAGAACCUGGAGAGAAACCAGAACCUGGAGGUCCUGUGUGACUCUCAAGUCCUCCGUCUGCAGGAGGAGCUUGUUACUGCUCAGUCCAGACUGCAGGAGGUCCAGGAGGAUCUGACAGAACUACGAAGAGUCCUUCAGGACACACAGAGAGAGCUGAGAGACAGAGAGGCAGAGAACGUCCUCAUGAAGACAGACCUGGACGCCACCAGAAGAAGGCUGCUGGACAGAGAACAUGAGGAGGAGAAGUUGGCGUCCCUCACCCAGCAGAGACUAGAGGAGAUAGGACACCUGAACAGCUCAUCAGAUGGUCCUCCUCCUGUUGACUCCUCAGAAACCAGACCUUCUAUCCUCCUCCACUCCAGGCAGCAUCCAUUUCUUCCCUCCAGGGAGCCCAUCACCCACUACCUCCUGUCUCUGGACCAGGCUGAGAGAGAAGAAAAGCCUCCGUUCCAUCCUGAACAUAGAGACCAACCUCCACAGAGUCCAGCUGUUAGACUAAACUCUCCUCUGGAUCCGUCACGUGGUUCAGAACAUCUGGAAUCAGGACGAAGGCAGAUGUUUACCUCCAUGGUGUCCCAGUCUGACGGAGAAUCUGUGCUUUCUGACUGCAGCAUAAAGUCUGGCUGGACAUUUGACACCAGAGACGAGGAGGCCUUCAGAGACGGACUGGCAGCUCUGGACGCCAGCAUCUCCAACCUGCAGAAGACCAUCCAGCUGGACAUGAGGAGAUGAUGGCGCUCCUGCUGUUCAUAUCUGUUUCAUGCUGUGUUUUAUCUUCUUCAGAAGCUGUUUAAAGGCAAAUUUAAGGUUUAAAAUAAAGUUUGGGUUUGUAAAUUA